ACUGGAUUUAAAUGGCUAUAAGGUGGUCCCAGCAUUAAGAGAUUUAGUUAAGAUUACUAAGAUCCUGAGAUCAUCUCAUCGUUUGAUUGAUCGAUUGUACCUCCGGUACAAUCGAGCAAUCCUCGAAGCCUUAUGA